UAGUACACACAAUGAAUCACCAGAAUUACCAAAAGCACUUUGCUCAAAGCUUGAUUAAAGUUUGGAGUCUGGCUGAACUGCGUCGGAUGCGAGCUGUUAUGACGGCAUAAGCCCAUAUCGUAUGUGGUACGUCACGACUUCACGUCGGGCUAACCAUAUUUUUUCAUUAUCAAUAGCGCCUCUUAUACAACGUAAGAAGGUAUUUGAUGGCAUAGUCGAUUAUAUAUAAGCCAUUUACAACUACAAACGGGAUUAUGGCGCUGUCUUCGAGCCAAUGGGCAGACUUGUCGGUCCGGAAGUAUGUUGCCUGGGACGCGGCGAAUGUGGAAGUUUUCCCACCGCACGAAGAAGAAGACAUGAAGGCUGUGAUCACAUUAGUUAACGAGAUGCAGCAGCGUCAAUACGACAAGGCACGACAUUGUUAUGGCGGUACCCACGCGAGAACUCAAGGUAUCAUCAAAGGCAAACUCGUGGUACCAGGGGAUCUACCAUGGCACCUAAAACAAUCUGAGCUUUUUAGGGAGGCCGGUGAAUAUCCUGUCGCUUGUCGCUACAGUUCGGAGCCAGGAGAUCCAGGUAUAGAUGACCGUAUACCUCAGCCGCGGGGAUUCGCUAUGAAAAUAUUCAAUGUAAAGGGGGAAAUGUUCGACGCUGGCGGAGACGAUCCCACUCAGGAUAUUGAAUUUAAUAGUACCCCGGUGACAGAGCUCGCCGAUGCGAAAACUGCCAGAGAAAUCUUGGAGAUGCGUCUCACAUAUGGUCAUGAUAAGCCAGAGCUGUAUAAGCACUUGAAGGAGCGGCAAGACAGUAGGCUUCAGCUUUCUCGAGACAAUGUUCCAAAUUAUCAUCUCGAGUCUUUGCAAUGGUACUCGCAAAGCCCCUACCGUUUCGGGAACUUCGUUAUGAAGUUCAGGCUCAUCCCAUCGACGGAGACGCAGUGUGAACUUUCAAAUUUGACGGUCAAACCGGAAGAUGGCCAGGAUGUCCUUCAUCGAUGGCUUAGAGAAUUCCACUUCAAUCACGAUGCCGCGUUCUUAUUUGAAGUACAGCUACUUGAGAACCUAGACGAACAAUCAGUUGAGUACUCCGGGACUGUUUGGGAUGAGAAGAAAUAUCCAUGGCAGCCCAUCGCGGAACUGGUGAUCCCUAAGCAGGAUAGUUGGAACCUGGCUCGGAAGACCUUUUGGGAGGAUCACAUGAGAGUUGAUCCGUGGCAUGGCUUAGUAUCACUGCAGCCAUUAGGAGGGACAAAUCGAUUAAGGAGAGCUUUAUAUCCGGCUAGCAGUGCCCUCAGAAGGAAAAUGAACGCAAGGCCGGAAAUCCAUGUCAAAGGUAUCGACGAAAUUCCUGGGUAAAUGCCUUGUGCUCAGUAUGCCGCUAUCGUGGGAUCGCCAACGUCGCAUUCGCAUUCGGUGCUCGCAAGCCAAGGGAUAGUCCUACAUUAGCGAGUCAGUCGGAAUAUAUGCGAGGUUCUCCGUUGUCGGAUAGAAUAUUGUAGUAUAACAUGGAAUUAAAUGCCAUACACGUUCAUACCUGAUAGGUUAGGCUGAUAGAUCACCUGGGCAGUGUGCACAUUACCACGCUCUUUUCUAAUAGUAGCCACAACAUUGAGGAAUAUACCGAGUUAUGUUACAGGCCGGGCACAGCGCGU